AUGAGCUGUACAAUAUUCCAUUGUCAUCGGGCAGCCAUUUUUUCAGAACAGUGGCGCCUUGUUACGGCUCCUAUAUUGGCAAGGGAAAUAACACUAACUGUUUGGGGUAUUGCUAAAGAUCUGAGACAGCUGGGACAAGACGGUGAUGAAAUCGAUAGAGAGAUCGAAGACAAAUGUCAGUCAAGCUUUGUACAAAAUAUUCUAGAUGGAGUAAUAGACCGGAUGUUUUGGGAACCUCCACCGAAAAGAACAGAAGGAUUUCCUGAACAUGUCGAUCCAAAAUGGUUCAAAUCCAUAACUGGUAGAGAUUUAUUCGCUUCAACCAAUCCUGGCCAUUUCUAUCGUAGUGAAACCGUCGCUAAGAUAAUUGAAAUAGCCGAAUUAUCACUUCCGGAAAAUAAAUUCGAUAAAUGGUCACUUCCGGUUAGCACCAUUAGACAAUCGUUGCUAUAUAUGCAAGAAGAAGUGAAACUCCAAAAGCAAGUAGUUCUCAAAAAUGAGAUUGCCAAUGCUUUUAUGACGUAUGUCGGCGAUUUAACGCAUGGUGUCGAUUUCCCUGUAACAAACCGGAAGUACGCCAUGUGUAAGCUGCUGCUUUUGAAAGUCUGUAACAAUAUCUGCGAUAUAGCUUCGCGGAUCAAAAAAGCUCACGGAAUUACUCUGGAUAUGGAUUUUGAAAUAGAAUUUUCCAAAGACGACCCUAGGUCACAAACAGAUGGUAGGCCUAAUACGCCGGCUAAAAAUCGCACCAAAACUCCCCCGAAAAGCCCUUCGCGUGAUUCCAAAACUAAAAAGAAACAUACUUCUAGAGACAGCUCGACUCCUAGUUCACCAACAAGCCCGAAAUCCUCAAGGUUUGGAAAACUUGUGAAAGGAAUUAGUGCAGCCAUGAAAUCCCAGUACAAACAUCGAGCUCGACCUAUAAUGUAUAUGAAAUAUCUGGAAAAGUUACAUAUCAGCGCAUAUAUCAUUGUCAAAAACUACAUUUACACUAUCUCUGGCUUUCUUGCAGAUUUACCCGAGGUAGAAACACUCCGGUUGUAA